AUGGCGGCUGCGGCAGCAGCGGUGGGUGUCAGGCUCCGAGACUGCUGCAGCAGGGGCGCUGUGCUCCUGCUCUUCUUUUCCCUGUCCCCUCGGCCCCCGGCCGCCGCCGCCUGGCUGCUGGGCCUGAGGCCCGAGGACACCGCUGGAGGCCGCGUGUCCCUGGAGGGGGGCACCCUGCGCGCCGCCGAAGGCACUAGCUUCCUCCUGCGCGUCUAUUUCCAGCCCGGGCCCGCGGCGCCCGUGGAGCCGGUGCCCACACCCACCCUUUCCCCAGGGGAGAACGGCACCGGCGACUGGGCUCCACGGCUCGUGUUUAUCGAGGAGCCUCCGGGCGGGAGCGGCGCGGCGCCCAGCGCUGUCCCCACGCGCUCCCCGGGGUCGCAGCGCUGCCGCGAGCAGAGCGACUGGGCAUCGGACGUGGAGGUCCUGGGGCCCCUGCGCCCCGGAGGCGUGGCGGGCUCAGCUCUAGUCCAGGUGCGUGUGCGGGAACUGCGUAAGGGCGAGGCAGAGCGAGGCGGCACGAGCGGUGGCGGGAAGCUCUUCUCUCUGUGCGCUUGGGACGGGCGCUCCUGGCACCACCACGGCGCCGCCGGCGGCUUCCUGCUGCGUGUACGCCCGCGGCUCUAUGGCCCGGGCGGGGACCUGCUGCCCCCCGCGUGGCUGCGGGCGCUCGGAGCGCUCCUGCUGCUCGCCCUGUCUGCCCUGUUUAGCGGCCUGCGCCUGAGCCUGCUCUCGCUGGACCCGGUGGAGUUACGGGUACUGCGGAACAGCGGCUCGGCCGCCGAGCAGGAGCAGGCGUGUCGAGUGCAGGCCGUGCGCGGCAGGGGCACCCAUCUGCUCUGCACCCUGCUCCUGGGCCAAGCCGGAGCCAACGCGGCCCUGGCGGGCUGGCUGUACGCCUCGCUGCCGCCGGGCGUCGGGGGCACUGGGGAAGACUACGGCGACGCGUGGACUCACUUCCCCUGGCUCCCGGCGCUCGUGUGCACCGGCGCCGUGUUCCUGGGCGCAGAGAUCUGCCCCUACUCGGUGUGUUCGCGGCACGGGCUGGCCAUCGCCUCCCACAGCGUGUGCCUGACCCGGCUCCUGAUGGCGGCCGCUUUCCCCGUGUGCUACCCGCUGAGCCGCCUGCUGGACUGGGCGCUGCGCCAGGAGAUCAGCACCUUCUACACGCGGGAGAAGCUGCUGGAGACGCUGCGGGCCGCGGAUCCUUACAGCGACCUGGUGAAAGAGGAGCUCAACAUUAUCCAGGGCGCCCUGGAGCUGCGCACCAAGGUGGUGGAAGAGGUGCUGACCCCUCUUGGGGACUGCUUCAUGCUGCGCUCCGACGCUGUGCUGGAUUUCGCCACUGUCUCCGAGAUCCUGCGCAGCGGCUACACUCGCAUCCCCGUGUACGAGGGCGACCAGAGGCACAACAUUGUGGACAUUCUGUUUGUCAAGGACUUGGCCUUCGUGGACCCCGACGACUGCACGCCGCUUCUCACGGUCACCCGUUUCUACAACCGGCCCCUGCACUGCGUCUUCAAUGAUACCCGGCUGGACACUGUGCUGGAGGAGUUUAAGAAGGGAAAGUCUCACCUGGCCAUUGUCCAGCGGGUGAAUAAUGAGGGAGAAGGGGACCCCUUCUAUGAGGUGAUGGGCAUUGUCACACUGGAGGACAUCAUAGAGGAGAUCAUCCAGUCGGAGAUCCUGGAUGAAACUGACCUCUACACCGACAAUCGGAAAAAGCAGAGGGUCCCACACAGGGAGAGGAAGCGGCACGACUUCUCCUUGUUUAAGCUUUCUGACUCGGAGAUGAGGGUGAAGAUCUCUCCACAGCUUCUGCUGGCCACGCACCGCUUCAUGGCCACAGAAGUGGAGCCGUUUAAGUCUCUGUACCUCUCGGAGAAGAUCCUGCUCCGGCUCCUGAAACAUCCCAAUGUGAUCCAGGAGCUGAAGUGUGAUGAGAAGAACAAGAAGGCCCCGGAACACUACCUGUACCAGCGCAACCGCCCUGUGGACUACUUUGUGCUACUUCUUCAGGGUAAAGUGGAGGUGGAGGUUGGUAAGGAAGGCCUUCGCUUCGAGAACGGAGCCUUCACCUACUAUGGUGUCCCAGCCAUCAUGACCACUGCUUGCUCAGAUAACGAUGUGCGGAAGGUUGGAAGUCUGGCUGGAUCCUCUGUCCUUCUAAACCGGUCCCCUUCCCGCUGCAGCGGGUUGAACCGCUCCGAGUCUCCGAGCCGUGAGCGCAGCGACUUUGGGGGAAGCAACACCCAGCUGUGCAGUAGCAGCAACAACCUCUACACACCCGACUACUCAGUCCACAUCCUCAGCGACGUGCAGUUUGUGAAGAUCACACGGCAGCAGUACCAGAAUGCGCUCACUGCCUGCCGCAUGGACAGCUCACCUCAGUCCCCCGACGUGGAGGCCUUCACUGACGGAGACUCCACCAAGGCCCCCAUGACCCGGGGCACACCCCAGACCCCCAAGGAUGACCCUGCCGUUACCCUCCUGAGCAACAGGAACAGCCUGCCGUGCAGCCGUUCAGAUGGGCUGAGAAGCCCCAGUGAGGUCGUGUACCUGAGGAUGGAGGAGAUGGCCUUCACCCAGGAGGAGAUGACAGACUUCGAGGGGCAGAGCACACAGCAACGCUCACUGUCUCCUGCAGCUGUUCCCGUGAGAGCAGCAUCAGAUAGUGAAUGUUGUCAUAUCAACCUGGACACAGAGACCAGCCGCUGCAGCAGCAGCUUUGAGGAAACCAUGGGCCAGAAGUUGCUGAGAACCUUGAGUGGUCGAAAAAGGAAGAGGUCACCAGAUGGAGAGAGAACCUCUGAGGAGAACGCCAACUUAACCCCUCUCAUCACAUGA